AUGGUCGGCCACGAUGGGACCAGCAGCAACGGGCUAGGACGAGUCGCCUUCUGGAAUGUCAGCAUCCCGCCGUCUGACUGGACAGACGAAUGUCCAGAAUACCUGCAGUAUGCGUUCAAGGACCACAAAGACCGCGGCGUUUUGAGCACGCCGGAUACCGAGUACCAGCGGCAGAGUUGGGAUGAAGUCCGGGAGUUGAUCCGUGGGAAUCGACUCGACUUGUUCAAGCGGGUACCGAGCCAGCUACGACUGUAUAGGGAGUACUGCCAGCAGUUGAUACGAGAGCAUGGAAGCAUCAUGAAUUUUGUGUUGAAGGAGAGAUUGCAUUGGGGGGAUCUGAACUUCUCGGCCAAUGACUACAUCAUCUUAUACAACGACUGGCCGUACGGCGUGGACGAACGGAUUGUUCAUCUCGUCGUGUGGACCAAGUUCGAGCUGCCUGCCGACGCGGCGUCUGAGAUUGGUGAUAUGUCUACAACAACGCGCGAAUUCGUCAACGACUUUGUAGAAAAGACGUUUGUGAGUACCUGCGGUCGCGAGAAUGUGAUUUGGUUCAAGAAUUGGAACAGCCUGAAGAGCAUCCAUGCGGUCGAGCACUUCCACGUGAUGCUCUAUGAUCCCAAUGCGGGGUUUGUUCGACGAGUGACGCAUGGAGACCGGCCGCUUUUUGAGAAGGUGGUCUCGAGACAUGCAAGUUGA